UUCAGACGACAAACACAGCGAAAGCAAAAGGAGAAGAGGAGAGAGAGUGGGAGAGGGGGAAGGAGGGAGAUAACGUGACAAUGGCCGGCGGAGCUACCAGCGCCGUCGCCGAAGACAGAACUCCGGAGCUUAUUAGUCUAGUUUAUGACAUUGUUGGAAUGUGCGGUGGAGUUGGGGGAUCCUCUUCCGCUCCUGCCAUUGACGCCGAUGCUGUUUUCAAGAAGGACUGCACCGAUCUGGUUCGUCGGAUCUCCUUACUCACGUAUUUGUUUGAGGAGAUUAGGGACUCGAAGAACACCGUCACUGAUUCCGGAAACUUGGAUGCUUCCACUUCGUCCACUGGCUCUGCAUCUUCCUGGUCCUCCGAUCUGGUGCUCGCUCUCCACUCAGCUAAGCGCCUUAUUUCAGUCGCUAGGAACUUCCAUUCUAAUUCAUCUUCUGAUGGAGCUGCCAAGACAAUUGUAUUCCAAUUUCAGUGUGUGACAUGGAAAUUGGAAAAGCUAUUAAGCAUCCUACCAUAUGAUCAUCUAGAAAUAUCAGAGGAAGUCAGAGAACAGGUGGAGUUGGUGAGAACACAAUUGAGACGAGCCACUGAAAAAUAUGAAUAUAUGAUUUCAAAGCUGUCAUCUUAUGAUUUAUCCCGGCCAAUGGCUCUGGAAAUUAGCCAAAAGCUGGGUAGAUCUGUGAGUGGAUUGCAUAAACAGCAUAGCUGUCCUGAUAAUUUAUCAGAUCUAGAGAGCAUUCCUAGAAGCAAUGGAUGGAAAAAUUGCGGUACAAAUCAGACUGGUCCUCACUUGGAAAGGGCACAGAGCAUCCCUGCAUCUUCUAAGGUUUCGUUAUCAAAUCUCAUUGAUCCUGAAGGUCAAGAAAAUUCUGUGGAAAAGAAUCUGACUGAAGUAAAAAAGCCUGAAACAAUUCGAAUUCCUGAAGAUUUUCUUUGCCCUAUAUCAUUGGAACUAAUGAGGGAUCCUGUUAUUGUGGCUACAGGUCAGACAUAUGAGAGAUCUUACAUCCAGAGAUGGAUAGAUGGGGGAAAUACAACGUGUCCAAAAACUCAGCAGAAGCUCCAACACCUGACACUUACACCAAACUAUGUGUUAAGGAGCCUUAUAACUCAGUGGUGUAUGGAGCAUAAUAUUGAGCAGCCAACAGGACUUACAAAUGGGAAGAUAAAAAAGAGUGAUGGAUCUUUCAGAGAUGUUACGGGUGACAUGGCAGCCAUUGGAGCUCUUGUCCAGAAGCUCUCUUGCCAGAACAUUGAGGAGUGUAGAGCAGCUGUUGCUGAAAUUCGAUCACUUUCCAAACGAAGUACAGAUAACAGGAUACUAAUUGCUGAAGCAGGAGCCAUUCCAGUUCUAGUUAACCUUCUAACGUCGGAAGAUGUGUUGACUCAAGAGAAUGCCGUUACUUCCAUUCUCAAUCUCUCCAUCUAUGAGAACAACAAAGGACUUAUAAUGCUCGCUGGUGCCAUUCCAUCCAUUGUCCAAAUCCUGAGAGCUGGAAGCAUGGAAGCAAGAGAAAACGCUGCGGCAACCCUCUUUAGCUUGUCACUUGCAGAUGAGAACAAGAUAAUUAUUGGUGCCUCAGGAGCUAUCCUUGCUUUGGUAGAAUUGCUCCAGAAUGGGAGCCCUAGAGGGAAGAAGGAUGCUGCAACAGCGUUAUUCAACUUAUGCAUAUAUCAAGGAAACAAGGGCAGGGCCAUAAGAGCAGGGAUCAUUACAGCAUUGUUGAAGAUGCUUACAGAUUCAAGCAAAUCGAUGGUCGAUGAAGCCUUGACAAUAAUGUCAGUUCUUGCCAGCCACCAAGAAGCAAAGGUUGCUAUUGUAAAGGCCAGCACUAUACCUGUUCUGAUUGAUCUUUUGAGGACAGGAUUGCCUCGAAACAAAGAGAACGCGGCUGCCAUUUUACUUGCCUUGUGUAAGAGGGAUCCUGAAAAUCUGGCUUGUAUAAGCAGACUUGGUGCUGUUAUACCUUUGACAGAACUUGCUCGGAGCGGCACAGAGAGGGCUAAAAGGAAGGCUACUUCACUAUUGGAGCAUCUGAGAAAGUUACAACAUAUUUGAGUGUUGGUGAAGUUGUGCAAAGAAAUUAUAAUGAGGUUAUAUUUUCUUUCCAACCAUUUGGCAUAUUUUUCCGCAGUUUCUUUCUUGGAUUUCCGAACCGAGCAUGUGAGGGUAAGAUAAGAAGGCCUCAUUGUUCAGUGUAUUCUUUUCAUGUUGUCUUUUCAUUAACCUUUUUUCAUAAGCGUGUAAACUGUAAAGAAAUCAAUUGAUAUAUUGUUUCCUCAUUAAAUUCUUAUUCGACUUGUGUCUUCCAGUUCUA